UCCGGGCUCCGCUAGCAGCUCCGCCGACGACUAUUAUUAUUUUUUGGCGAGCUGCUCAUUUCCUGGUUCAGCGUCUUGGGCCUGGCAAGCAGCUGACUGGUCGCCGGGGCUCUGGCUCAGGAUCAGUUGGUGACGCCAAGUGAGGCUGGGGUCUGUGACUUCCUUCGGAUGGUCUUGAGGAAGGGGAGCUAACACGAAGCCGGGUUCUCAGGAAGGCGAUCGGAGCUUGAAGGCGGAUCCAGAGGAAGGUAGAAGUCACACUUCCAUCAGCUUAGUGGGUCCCCAGCCGGGUCUUGAGCCAGCAACGCUGUUCUCCAUGAGUGAGCACAGAGCAGCUGAGGCGGGAGGCCGCUGGCCACUUCAGGAAGGGUCUGGAUUUUGAGAAGGGUUUUGACAAGAAGAUGCUUUGGCUGCCAGCAGCCCCAUUUGUGUUCUUAAGAGCCAGUCCCGGGGAGAAAGUGAACUGGGGCAAUUGACAAGCUCAUGGGUCUGGCAGAAGCUUCCUCCGAGACAGUGUUUCUCCUCCCUAGAGGAAGAUCUGCCUGCACUGCAAGUGUCCGCAGGAGGAGCACAUGGUGACGGUGAUGCCACUGGAGAUGGAGAAGACAGUCAGCAAACUCAUGUUUGACUUCCAGAGGAACUCAACGUCGGACGAUGACUCGGGCUGCGCCUUAGAGGAGUACGCCUGGGUCCCGCCAGGUUUGAAGCCUGAACAGGUUCACCAGUACUACAGCUGUCUCCCAGAGGAGAAGGUUCCUUAUGUCAACAGCCCUGGAGAGAAACUGCGAAUCAAGCAGCUUCUCCACCAGCUGCCCCCGCAUGACAAUGAGGUUCGAUACUGCAACUCCCUGGACGAGGAAGAGAAGAGGGAGCUGAAGCUGUUCAGUAACCAGAGGAAACGGGAGAACCUGGGCCGAGGCAAUGUCAGGCCCUUCCCAGUCACAAUGACAGGAGCUAUUUGUGAACAGUGCGGAGGUCAGAUUAAUGGCGGGGACAUCGCUGUGUUUGCUUCGCGUGCUGGCCACGGUGUUUGCUGGCACCCACCGUGCUUCAUCUGCACUGUCUGCAGCGAGCUCCUGGUGGACUUGAUCUACUUUUACCAAGAUGGGAAGAUAUACUGUGGCCGGCACCACGCUGAGUGCCUGAAGCCCCGCUGUGCCGCCUGCGAUGAGAUCAUCUUUGCGGACGAAUGCACAGAAGCUGAGGGGCGUCACUGGCACAUGAAACAUUUCUGCUGCUUCGAGUGCGAGACGGUGCUGGGCGGUCAGCGCUACAUCAUGAAGGAGGGAAGGCCCUACUGUUGCCACUGCUUCGAGUCCCUGUACGCGGAGUACUGUGACACCUGUGCCCAGCACAUCGGGAUCGACCAAGGUCAGAUGACGUACGACGGCCAACACUGGCACGCCACCGAAACCUGUUUCUGCUGUGCUCACUGCAAAAAAUCCCUCCUGGGGCGCCCGUUCCUCCCAAAGCAGGGCCAGAUAUUCUGCUCCCGGGCCUGCAGUGCCGGUGAGGACCCCAAUGGCUCUGACUCAUCCGAUUCGGCUUUCCAGAACGCCAGGGCCAAGGAGUCCCGGCGCAGCGCCAAGAUUGGCAAGAACAAGGGCAAGACGGAGGAGCCUGUGCUGACCCAGCACAGCCAGUUGCAAGUGAGUUCCAACCUGCUCUCCACCGACGUGGACCCCCUGUCGAUGCAGAUGGACCUGCUCAGCCUGUCCAGCCAGACGCCCAGCCUCAACCGAGACCCCAUCUGGAGGAGCCGGGAUGAGCCCUAUCACUACGGGAACAAGAUGGAGCAGAAUCAGGCCCAGAGUCCUUUGCAGCUUCUUAGCCAGUGCAACAUCAGAACUUCCUACAGUCCGGGAGCGCAAGGGGCUGGGGCCCAGCCCGACAUGUGGGGCAAGCACUUCAGCAACCCCAAAAGGAGCUCGUCGCUGGCCAUGAAAGGGCACGGGGGCAGCUUCAUCCAGGAGUGCCGAGACGACUAUUAUCCGGGCAGGCUGAGAUCCCAGGAGAGCUACAGCGACAUGUCCAGCCAGAGCUUUAGCGAAACCCGAGGCAACAUCCAAGUCCCCAAGUACGAGGAGGAGGGAGAGGAAGGGGGCCUGGCCACUCAGCAGUGUCGGACCCGUCACCCUGUCAGCUCCCUGAAAUACACGGAGGACAUGACGCCCACCGAGCAGACCCCUCGGGGCUCCAUAGAAUCGCUGGCCCUGUCAAACGCAACAGGCCUCUCCGCCGAUGGCGGUGCCAAGCGCCAGGAGCACCUGUCCCGUUUUUCCAUGCCUGACCUCAGCAAAGACUCUGGAAUGAAUGUCUCUGAGAAGCUGAGCACUAUGGGCACCCUGAACUCCUCCAUGCAGUUUAGGAGCGCAGAGUCAGUCCGCAGCCUGCUCUCUGCCCAGCAGUACCAGGAGAUGGAGGGGAACCUCCACCAGCUCGGCAACCCCAUUGGAUACAGAGACCUGCAGUCCCGCGGGAGGCUGCAUCAGAGCUUUGAUUUUGAUGGCGGGAUGGCAGGCAGCAAGCUGCUGGGGCAGGACGGGGUGAGGAGCCAGCCCAUGAGCGAACGCACCCGCAGAAGGGCUACUUCUCGAGACGACAACCGUCGUUUCCGCCCUCACCGGUCCAGGCGGUCCCGACGCUCCCGCUCUGACAACGCUCUCCACCUGGCCAGCGAACGCGAGGCCAUCUCUCGUCUAAAAGAAAGGCCCCCCUUGAGAGCCAGGGAGGACUACGACCAGUUCAUGCGCCAGCGGAGCUUCCAGGAGAGCCUGGGGCAGGGGUCCCGGAGGGACCUGUACGGCCAGUGCCCGAGGACUGUGUCGGACCUGGCUUUGCAGAAUGCCUUUGGGGAGCGAUGGGGACCCUACUUCGCUGAGUAUGAUUGGUGUUCCACCUGCUCGUCCUCCUCGGAGUCUGACAACGAGGGCUAUUUCCUAGGAGAACCGAUCCCCCAGCCAGCCCGCCUGCGAUACGUCACGAGCGACGAGCUGCUGCACAAAUACAGCUCUUACGGCAUCCCCAAGUCCUCCACGCUAGGGGGCAGGGGACAGCUGCACAGCCGGAAAAGACAGAAGAGCAAAAACUGCAUCAUUUCUUAGUGUCACUGGGCCAGGGGCCAGGGGGAGAUGGGAGCUAAGAAUAUAAAUUCAGAAACUUGCACCGUUUCAAAUUCUCAAGUGCUUCGGGGGGGUUGAUGGGAGGAAGAGGAAGCUCUCAGUUGAUGGAGGCAAGGUUACAGAUUGACUCAAAAGGUAGCCACAGUUCUUGGCAUGUUGAAUCUUAUUUGCACAUUUCACUUUGGAAACAAUUUAGACUGUUGAGGCCGGGGUUGGUCCCUCCUUCCUGCCAGGUCUGGGUGGAGUUGCCAUUGGUCAGAUGGCAAGUUGUUUUUUUGCUCGCCGUGUUCUCCUAAGGUUCUCUCGCUUUUAGGACCUUUUUUCCCAGUAAGUAAUUUGUUAAUUAGCCAGGACCCAAGAUUAAGUUAUUUACAUGUCCAUUGUAAAUGCAAUGUAAAUGAGAGUUCUGAUAAAAUAUUUUUGUAUUUUGUAUUAUCAGAGGAAUUUCUAUAUCGUAGGACUCAGUGGGGACCUGCACGCACGUUCAGCAUUGUCUUUGAGUAGUAGUCAGAGGUGGGCCAGGACCACCUUUUUUUUAUAUAUAUAUAUAUAUACACACACCGAUUUGUUAUAUGUCAGUGAGACCUUUUUCAAAGAACCAUAUUCAAUUUGGCUUUUUGUGGCUGGAGGAAAAAAAUUAACUAUAAUACCCAAAGCACUAUAUGCUUCAUCCCCUCCUAAGGGGCUGCCCUUAAGGCUGCUCCCACCCUCGGUAGAAUUUAUCCUCCUCUACAAAGUGAUAGUCAUUUGUUCUGUUUUUUUCAUUGCAAACGUACGUUUUGCCAAUUAGAGAAAUUAACCAGUGUCAGUAAAGUUCCGUGAGAAAUGCCAUCCCUGCUGGGAAUGUUGAAAUUGCUUACUGUUGAUCUAUCCCUUGGGGAAAAUUAAAGUGAUCGUGAGUGGUGCCUUUGUGUGAUGUCAGCAUGACGUUUUGAACGUGGCAUUGUUUUCUGGUGCUCCUCUUUCUUGGAUUGUAUUAUCCGCUUUCCUGUACCAAGGCAGAUGGGACUGCUGCCUUUGCCUGGCAACCAGCUGUCCUCAAAGCAGAUGAACUUAAGCAGUUGGAAUUGAGGGGCAGGAAGGUUCUGGGGGUUUCUGGGAGCGAUGGUAUGUUCUGGGUUGCAUGUCAUGGAUGGAGAAGGAAGGACCAAGGUGAUUUGAAGACAGAAAGCAGGUCAAGGGUCAGAGCUGAAGGGGCGUGUGAAGGAAGGCCAGGGGCAAGAAGAACUUCUGGAAGUGAACUAGAGAUGAGUUGACAGCCACCUCGAAUAGCCCUCAGUGCCCACAGAAAGAUUCCUGUUCUACAAGCUCAGUACCCAGAGUAUCCGGGUUGCUCUCAGAAGGUUGAGCUGCUCAGGAGAUUUCAAGGUAAUGACUUUGGAAAAUUGGCUUUGUUGAGAGGGGGAUUCCAUUUUGAAUGUUGAGGACUGUUGGCCAGACAGAAAAUGGGCUCAAAAGUGUUUGCUUCAAGGAGACAUUGAACAGUUGUGCUAUUUAUAGUAAAAUAAGACUUCCUACCUUGCUUCAGUUCUCAGUGAAGCACUUGCUUCUUCUUCCUCCCCCCUGAGUGGCUUGUGGAGUUGAAAUAAUCCCUAAGGACCUGCCUUUAGUGAGAAGUACUGUCCACGUAGAACACGGUGUAUCUCAGCAGCUGUCUGCCAUGGCGAGGUGAGCCUGGUGUCUUUUCAGUAUAGUAGUUCACGUUUUCUAGUAUUUUCUUAUGGAGAGAAUGUGAAAAGUGGCUUUUCAGACACCAUCCCAGGUGGGUCUGGGGAAAGGAAGGCUGUAAAAGACAUGGAAAUGGCACUCCAUUCAAGAUGUAUUAAAAUAAUUUGCUUUUCAGGUAUUAAUAUGACAUUUGUCAUUGUCACUGAUUUUUUUAAAAGCAAAGCAAAUGUUGGUUGUGGCUGUUUUCCGCAUGCUACCUUCAUGUCUAAAUGCUUCACUAAUGAUCCGAGCCUCCGGAGAAUUAACUAUUACGUUUGUAUAGUGAGUUUUGUAAACUGCUUGGCAAACCGAUUAAGAAAUAAUGUGUAACACCACACAUCUCAAGUGGCAGGUUUCUGGUAGAAAUUGAGCGAGCCCAAUUUGGAGUUUUGAGUUUCUUGAUUGAUGAGAUUAAAAAGGCAUUUUUGGAAAAAGAAAAGAGAGAGAAAAAAAAAGCAAGCAGGUCACUUAGCAAACAGCUGGAAAUAAGCCUGUCCUCUGUGACCCCAAAUCCAGUGAAAGAAAUUCUUCCGGGAAAUGCUGCUUUUUAAGUCUAUGCUUUUCAGAGUAUCUCCUACAUUUCCCAAAUAAGGCUUCAGCCACCAUCAGCAGAAAGAAGGUGGCCUAGACACAGUCACGUAGCCGGUGCCCAAAGGGACCCGGAGAAAUAAGCAGUUUCAGCUCGAGCUGCCCAGGAAGCAGCCAGGGGACCAAGCUGGUCAGAGCUGGAAGUCUAAUGAGAUCCAAGCCUCGUCAAGGUCAAGGUGCCUGCAAGCAAGAUAACCUCCACCUGUGCCACCUCUGCAGUUUUCCUCUCCCACCCCGCCCCACACCUGGCCAGGCGCCUUGCAGAGGAUGCCGAGGAAAGCAGGCUCCGACACUGCUGGUUACCAGUGGCCUGCGGGGCAGCUCCUGCUCACGGUGGCCUGCGGGGCAGCUCCUGCUCACGGUGGCCUGCGGGGCAGCUCCUGCUCACGGCAACUCCGUGGGUUUCUGAGUAGAACUAGGCUUCAAGGGUUUUCAAUGGCCAAUUUUUCAGAAGCAGAUCACCAGGCCUUUCUUCCGAGGCACCUCUGGGUGAGUUGGAACCUCCAACCUUUAGGCUAGUAACCUGUUGCCAUGGAGUCAAUUGUGACUCAUAGUGGUCUAGUAUAAACCAUAGGCGCCACCCAGGGGCCUUUCCCUGUAUCCAAAGGGGAGAGAAUUAUUGGGCUUCUUUUCUUGACACUGUCUUUCAACACUAACCUUUUCUUCUCUGGUCCUUCCUUUCCACCCCAACCAACUGAGUGAACACACCCUUUUGUGUUUCUAACAUGAGAGCUGGAAGCAGCUCUUCCUCCUUUCUAUAGGAUGUUCUUUCACGGCAACAAGGUUAUAAUUUUUUUCUUUUUCUUGUAGCAGCUUUCUACUUUUGGGGUACUACUAGCCAUUGUUGAGUUCAGAUAGGACCUCCCCCCCCAAAAAAAUCCAUUGCUGUGGAGUUGAUUCUGACUCAUAGUGACCCUAUAGGACAGAACUGCCCCACAGGGUUUCCAGGGCUGUCAGUCUUACACAGAAGCAGAGUGCCACUUUCUCCUGCAGAGCAGCUGGUGGGUUCAAACCGUGAACCUUUUGGUUAGCAGCUGAGUGCUUAACCACUGUGCCACCAAGGCUCUCAGGUAGGACCAGUGAUGAUACACAUGUGCCACCCGGGAAGACACAAGCGAUGUACCCCUGUACACUUUCCCAGAGAGCCGGAAGGCAGCCUCCGGAUCUGCUUCAGCCAGCCAGGAGCGGUUGAUCAGGGUCACGGUACAAACAAAUUCCUCUUUAUCUUCCCACCCGGGCUCUCUUGCCGUUAACCAGAAACAGUACCCCAGAACUUCAGGGGGUGUCAUUCAUAAGUGAUAAUUGUGAGGCUCCACCCUCUCCAGAUUGUAAGCGCCAAAAAGGAAGGUAGUAUCUUUGGCCAGACGGAGCCAAAUCUCUUUGGCCUCCAUUUCCGAUUACAUGUUCUUGACCAGCUGUUACAGACAGCCUUCUCGUCAUCCUUUUACAGAAGUCACAUAAUGGUGCACAUUAUUCUUCAUCUAAUCUCACCUUCUAACAAGAAAUUUGGAAACCCUGGUGGCAUAGUGGUCAAGUGCUACGGCUGCUAACCAAAAGUUCAGCAGUUCGAAUCCACCAGGCGCUCCUUGGAAACUCUACGGGGCAGUUCUACUCUGUCCUAUAGGGUCGCUAUGAGUCGGAAUCGACUCAACAGCACUGGGUUGGGUAACAAGAAAUAACACAACCAUUUAAGGUCCAAGGAGACAUGCUAUUCGAAUACUUCUGCCUAACAGAAACCAGGUGUUAACACCCGAGAAGGAGGGCCCUUCUGUGACGAAGGACAGUGAAAAAUUGAACCAGUUAUCUGAAAGCUUCAUGCCAGAAGAGUUGCUAUGAGCAACUGUUCAGCACCUUCAGGGGCUUUAAAGCUGCUGGAAAUGGGUUCUGUGGGUGUGAUUUCAUAUGCAGAACUCAUUAGCCAAGGCUGCUCUGCCGACUUUGAAGGCAGCUUCAGCUUACCACCCCUUGAGGUUCCUGUUUUGCGGUAGGAGAGAGCUGGAAGGGUAGGGAGCCUCCAGUGGUUUGUCCCUCUGGGACCUGAGCAGACACCAAAGCUUGUUUGUCCAUUUUGUUCCUUUCCCAUUUUCUCCCCACUCAACACAAGACUCCCAUAAAGCAUGACUCACUGUUGGGAGCUAUAUUAUUUAAUAAGCUUACUUCCGGCUGACAAAACUAGCUUUCCCCAGAGGGGAAAGUGGAGUAGUGUUAGGAAAAUAUUUCUGUGAUUUAGAUACAAUGAAUCCAUAAAGUGGGGAAAAAAGUCUUGUUGUAUCUGAGAACGUCCUGAGACAUCCCUCGGCCCUACUGGGCUUUUGGCCAUCCUUGCUCAACAGGUCGCUGGUCAGGGUUUUCCAAGAUGUUCAGAGAGUUACUCACCGGUGCAGUGUGUUCUUAAGCCUCUCUAGCUGAUUCCACACUUUUCUGAAAAGUGUUUUGAUUCUACCGCGGACCCUGACAACAGUUAAGGCCCCCGCGUCCUCCAUUCUUCUUCGUCAGUCAGGAUGUUGGCCGUUUUCCUCCCUCUUACGUACAUUCUUCCCUUCGCAGGAUGGCUUUACCCAUCUCCUGCUGUAAUUUCAGUGCAUAAACUAGACCUCAAAGGCUGGAGAAGGUGAAACAGGCCAGAGUCUGUGUAGUGUGUCGAGUGUCAAGCUAUUUGUUUGGAAGGUCUGCAACAGGCCUUUGGUGUGGGCUCUGCCAGAGACUGUUGUGAACAUUUUGCUUGAGAUCUGUGCCCUGUAAAAUGGACAUGAUGUUUUACUGAUGUCUGUAAUACAUUUGUAAACUUCCAAUAAAAUUUGAAUAAAACAAACGA